CUGUGUUGACGGGGAGAUUGAGACGAGUCGAGCAGCCGGUGAGGAGGAUAACGGUCAAACGAAAUAAAUGCGCCCUUUGUUGCCUGCAGUAUUAAUUAACAACAAACUUUGACUUACUGCCUGUUAAUUAAUUACUUCUGACUGGACUGGGCUUAACUCACUGAAAAUAAUGAGUGCUAAAGUUGGACAGACAAUAAUUAAACUCAAAAGAGUCCAUUUGGUUUGGUGAACACAAAGACAGGUGUCUUAAUUGUUGUUCGUGUGGUGAGUGGAUUCAGGAAGAUAUUAUCAUCAUAAAAACAACACAUGAUGGAGAGGUCGGAUAUGUCGAACAAAGAAAAUAAACUGUUUAUGGACAAGAGAUCAGUGUCAGCUUCAAAUGUGGCCAGUACGACAAACGCCCAGGACAAGGAGGCUGUACUAGCGCCAAACAGUUCCAGAAAAAGUGAACAAUCAUCUCUACAUCCACAACAAGGCACGGGGUCAUCAUCAACAUUUAGACUUGGAAAUUUCACGAAAACUCUUCUCGCCAAGGCAAAAACGGACGAAUGCGGCCUAAGUCCAGCAACAUUGCAAAGUUUGGUGAAUCCUAUGCGAUCUCAACUUGGUUUACCGUGUUUAUCAUUAUUUUCAAAAGUGGACUCCACACCACGCGAGUCUUGUGAUGAACCACCACCACAAGCUUCGCCAACUGACUUAGAAAAACAUACAUCAGAUAAGCAGAGUCCGCCUUAUUCUGAUCUACUUGUUCAAAAUAAUGAUUCAGACCAAAGUACCGAAUUACCAAGAUUUGCACCGGCCCGUCAACUUCCUUUGUCCAAUUUUACUACUACUACUGCUAGCAAUAAGACAUUUGUACAUGGAUUGGAAAGUAAUAAUAAUACGUUUCCUGAAGUUGCGGCUGUUAUUCCCACACCCAAAUCAAAGUAUCCAAGUGGAGAUUGUCAGCCUAAAAGUGUGAAAAAAAAUUUAAAUACUCCUAAGACAAACACCGUUUUAUCUAACCAUGCGAUCAAACAAAAGGGUUCCAUAAAGAAACCACCCGCAGGGAGUGGUGGAUGGAAGUUCUCUAGUGAACAUGUUCAAGGGAAAGAAUAUCUUAUCAUCAAUCAGCUCGGGAAAGGGGGAUGUGGAGAGGUUUUGUUGGUUAUUGAAAAAGACAAACGAGAAUUAUUUGCUUUGAAAAGAAUCAAUUUGUCUGGGAUUGCGGACUCCAGCGUUGACGAAUGUGUAAAUGAAGUUCAGAUGUUGGUGGAUUUAAGGGAUUCAGACCUUGUCGUUCAUAUUUAUGCUUGGGAGUUUGAUAAAGGUGAAAAAACAAUGAAAAUUGUUAUGGAACAUGGGCACUGUGACCUUCAACAUACCAUAAAAUCCAAAUAUAUGACUUGUCUCAAGUUGCGUGGCAUAUGGGAAAGAUUACUCACAAUUGUUGAUGUAAUUCAUAAAAGAGGAAUCGUCCAUGCGGAUUUGAAACCGGCAAAUUUUAUCUGGUCUGGAGACAAUCUUAAAAUUAUUGAUUUUGGUAUUGCAUCUAGACUUCAAAAUGAUCAUACCAGUAUUGCCAUGCUUUGUCCAAAAGGAACACUUAAUUUCAUUAGCCCAGAAACGAUGCAACCAGAUGCUUUGGGAUUAGCCAAGAUAAGUCCUAAAUCAGACAUUUGGUCUCUGGGGUGCAUUUUGUAUUGGAUGGCGUAUGGGAGAACACCAUUUGAACACAUCACUCAUCCUGUACAAAAAAUGGCUGCCAUUGUAAAAGGAGCCAUCGACUAUCCGCCUCUCCCACAUCAAUUUAGCUCAUCCGCACCGGAAAUAAUUUCCGUACUGAAAUUAUGCUUCCAAAUGGAUUACCGACGAAGGCCAAGCACUUCUGAUUUGUUACAACAUCCUUUAAUAAGAAAUGUAUAAAUUUUAACUGUUUUUUUCAUUAUCAUGAUUUUACGGCGAGUUACUUUGUCACAGUAAUUCCAAUUUGUACGCUUUGUUCUCAGUGUGGUUUUUUAUGUAAUAACGAAAUAUUUCAAUUCGAAAGUGUAAUAUUUGUACCUUUUUAUAUGCUCGCAGAAAUAAAUUAUAUCGUACGACGGCAACAAAAUGAUUGCUGUUGUAAAGA